AUCCGUGUUUUCUUUACGUCCUGUAUAGCCGACGACAACGGCGUCGAGCACAUCGUCUCAAAUAAGAACAAUACCAAGCGAAACUAGUCAAACAUCUGUCAAGACUAGCGCUACGAUAACUGCUUCCACAAUCAGCACAACGGUAAUUCUCUGAAACAUUUUCAACGCUACUCGAAUCCUUACUUGGUUUACCUUUUAUUUUGUGUGUCCCCUGUUCCAAUACAACAGUGUAGCCGCUAUUGUUGUGCAGCAAUAUUUACUUGUUGUUGGAAGUUGUGGGCUUGUAGGUUGAUUUGAAUUCAACGUUGUAGAAAAGUCAUUGCAUCUCUGUAAUAAACGCGUUGACCGGCUUUGUCGUUGCGCAUACACUAAAUAUCGAACAAAUGUCGCUGUUGGUUCUACAAUUCCGGCGGCUACUUAUUCUCAUUUUAAAUUACUUUGAGUAAUCCCUGUUUUGUUUACCGUCUGUAUAGCCAGCGACGACGCCUGCUGGCCUAUCGUCUCAGAGACCCACACUAACAAGUGGAACCACUCAAACAUCUGUGAAUGCUACCCAGGUGAAACACGUCUUGUAAGACCUUGCAAGAUCUGAUGUUUUCUUGUGAAAUCUUGUAAUAAGGUCUUACGAUAUGAUCAUACAAGACCUUAUUAUAAGAUCUUAUGGACUCUUGUAACUUCUUCUUAUAAGAUCCCCCAGGUCUGAUUAUGAGAAGUGACAAGGUCUUGUAAGACCUUAUGACAAGAAUUCAUAUGAUCUCGUAAGAUCUUACAAAAUCUUGUACCAGACAUUGUUGAGUUUUAUAUAUUUUUUUGUCACAAGACUAUAUAAGAUGAUAUGAAUUCUUGUCAAAAGAUCUUACAAGAUCUCACAAGAUCGAUGACUCAUCUCUACCAUAUAAAUUUCGCGACGUAAUACAGUAUAUAUAUAACAUCAUUGUCUUUGAAAGCUUCAACCUCUUUUCUCUUUUGAACUUCACACGUCAGUUGAGCACAUACAAAGUGCAUGGUUAAGAAACGUGGCAAAAGACGGUCCUUUGGCGCCUAGGGCCAAAUGUUAGAAAUUAUAUUAGAAAAAGAAAAAUGCAGAGGUAUAGAGGAUUGGACAAGAAAUGAUCAAGCGUAUGAUCUUGUAAGAUCGUAUAAAAUCUUGUGACUUCUUAUAAAGUCGUAUAAUUUCUUAUACCUUCUUUGUGUAAGAUCUUAUCAGAUCAUACAAGAUCUUGUAUAUUCCUAUGAUAAGAAAAAUCUUAUAAGAAUCUUGCUACAAGAUGUCAUAUGAAAUCUUGUAAGAUCUUAUAGAAAAUUGAUAAGAAUUGAUAAGAUCUUUUGAAAUCUUAUGAUUUCUUAUUAUACGAUCACCCAAGAUCGUAUAUGAUCUUGUAAGAUCUUCCAAGAUCUUGUUAUCUAAUCCUUGGACCCGGAUAGCAGUAUGAUGAGUGCAUUCGCGAUCAGCACAACGGUAGUUUUCUCAAGUUAUCAAGUUUUUCUGCUUUUUGUAUUAUCGCAAGUACUGCGAUAGUAACAUAUCCAUGCAAGAAAUUGUUUGUUGAAGAAAACUUUCUAUAGUUCAAGCGGCUAUUUAUUCUUACUUUAAAUUACCCUGACUAAUCAGCCCCUGCGAAGGGGCGCGAUGACGCAAGCCCCGUAUUAAUACAACAGUAUCGAACGAACGUUUUUCGUCAUUUUCUAUUAUCACAAUUGCUUAUGCUGGUACUGCGAUACUAUCAAGAGUAGAAAGGGCAUCUUUCUCGAACCAAAUACCUACCAAUUGAGUGCGCGAGAAACCCGAAAUUUUCUUAAUUUUUUCGUAAACACGAGUUAUCCUGAUAUAGUGGUAGCUACAGCAGAUCAAAACGGUGACUGACUCGAUGAGAAGGGGCGCGAUAACGCAAGCCGCAUAUUAAUACAGCGAAUUCGUUUGUAAACAUCGCAUUUGCUUCUAGAAUUCUACAUUGGCAAUAACCUCAAUGGUGACAGCUCGUACUAGUAUUAUCAAUAGUACGCUGGUGACAACGCCGUCGAGCACAUCGUCUGAGAGAACAACAAUAACAAGUAGAACUAGUCAAACAUCUGUCAGGACUAGCGCUACGAUAACACGGGUAUCCACAAUUAGCACAACGAAUUCGACGUCGGCAACAACCCCAAGGCUGACAACUAGUGUUAGCGGGUCAACAAUAACAUUGUCUAAUGCAUCAGCUUGUAAUAUGGCAUUGAAUAAUAAUGGAAGUCAACUUGUGAUUACAUGUUCUAAUAACAUUACGCAACUGCCAAUUCAAAAUUACAAUACGACAAUAUUAAAUCAAAUAACAUCGCUUGCUGUACAAGGUGCAAAUGGUCAACGUGGUCCUUUGACAUUGGUUCCAUUUAAUAUAUGUUUGUUUACAAAUUUGUUGUUUUUAAAUUUGUCGAACAAUAAUUUACAGAACAUCGAUAAUUUACAAUGUGUAACAAAAGUUCAAACAUUAGAUUUAAGUUCAAAUAUGAUCAAUGUAUUUCCCUACUUAGUAAUUCAAAAUAUGGCACAAUUACAAGUGUUAGAUAUUAGUCAUAAUCAGCUGACAGAAAUAGGCUUAUGGAUCUUUAACUUAGUACGAGCAAGUGCUGAUUUUAGUUAUAAUCAGAUAGGUGCUAUUACAAAUAUGUACAAUGCUGACUUGUCUACAUUGACAUCGAUUAAUGCACGAAUUGACCUAUCAAAUAAUCGUCAACAAAUCAAUUUAACUGAUGGCAUCUAUGAAAUGUAUAAUGCCUGUAUUGAACCUCAAUCGUAUAUUAAUCAAAGUAUAGAAACGCCAAUACCGUUAACACUUUCCUUGUUCAGCAUCAAUUUUGGCACUUCAAUGAGACUUAAUUGUAGUUGUGACCAAUAUUAUAUUUUACAAGUAAUGCAACUGUAUAAUCAACUUCCUAUACCAAAAUUCUCACCAUUAUCGAACUUAACCUGUACAGAUGGCACAUUAUUUGGUAAUUACUCAUGUCAAAGUAUGCAAUCAUCCGUCGAUUUCACCAAAGUAUAUCCAAGAUUUUGUAAAAUCAAUGCCGAUGAACCAGGAAAUGUUCCCAUAUAUGUACCAUUCAAUACUACGUCGGUGACAACGCCGUCGAGUACAUCGUCUAAGAGAACAACAAUACCAAGUGGAACUAGUCAAACAUCUCUCCAGACUAGCGCUUCUACAAUCAGCACAAUGCCAGUGACAACGCCGUCGAGCACAUCACCUCAAAUAACAACAAUAACAAGUACAACUGGUCAAACAUCCGUGAGGACCAGCAAAGGGGCAACUGGAUCCACGAUGAGCACCAGGCCUGCGACAACGAAUUCGAGUACAUCGUCUCAGAAAGGAACAAUAACAAGUGGAACUAGUGAAACAUCUGUUAAGGCUAGCGGUACGAUAAGUUCAUCCACAAUCACCACAACGGCACAUCGUCUCAGAGAACAAGUGGAACUAGUCACACAUCUGUUAAGGCUAACGCCCGUGACAACGCCGUCGAGCACGUCGUUUCAAAUAACAACAAUAACAAGUGGAAUUACUGAAACAUCUGUGAAGACUAACGGUACGAUAACUGGGUCCACAAUCCGCUCAACAGUAAGUCUCUGAAACUUUUGCAAACCUACUCGAACAAAAGAAUGCGUUUGUAAAUAUCCCUUUUGCUUCCAGAAUUCGACAUUGGUAAGAACCUCAAUGGUGACAACUAGUACUAGUAUUAUCAAUAGUA